ACAUUUGUGUAAUGUAUGUGAAUGUGUGUGUAUGUAUGUAUGCAAUACCACGUAUGUAACUUUUGGAAAGUUUUUAAAAUUCUCGAAAAAAUUGCUAAUGGAUAUGAACUAUUAUAUUGAUAUAUAUCUUACAAAAAUAAAGAAUAUUAUGUAACAAAUUGUUAUAAUUUUUGAAGACGAUAAAUGUGUUCCAAAAUUCUAAUACGGUUAAAUGUCGACGUGUCAAUAGAAUGAUGAUUUUAGCAUUAUUUUUUCAUAAAACAUGACAUAUUGUUAAGUAUUAUUUAACACUAUCAUUAUUAAAAAUUACACAGUUACAAAUUUAUAUUAAAUCAUACACAUCAUUCGAUUUAUGAGAUAUUAUGGCAACUGAUAUAUUAAAGAUUUAAAAAAUGGCUAAACAUGUAAAAUUAGUUUAAAUUAUAUGACUUUAAAUAUUGUAUUUGAAACUUUGUGAACAAUGUCAUGGAUAAGAGACAAUACUCUAAAUUGGUUUCAACAUUUGGCUAUAAGAAUUUUAAGAACUGGGCAUGUUCCUAAACAUGUAGCAUUUAUAAUGGAUGGUAAUAGACGCUAUGCAAGUAAAAAUGGAAUAGAAAAAAUAGAAGGACAUACAAAAGGAUUUGAUAAGUUUGCUGAAACUUUACAAUGGUGUACAGAUCUUGGUAUACAAGAAGUAACAUUUUAUGCAUUUAGUAUUGAAAAUUUUAAAAGGAAACAAGAAGAAGUAAAUGGGCUUCUAAAUCUUGCAGAACAAAAAUUCCAGAGAUUAUUGGAUGAAAAGGAUAAAAUACGAAAACAUGGAUUAUGUGUCCGUAUAAUUGGUAAUUUGUCGCUAUUACCUCAAAAUAUACAAGAGUUGAUAGCGGAAACUAUGAUUCUUACUAAAGAACAUAAUAAAGGAUUUCUCAAUAUUGCAUUUGCUUAUACGUCAAGAGAUGAAAUUACACAUGCUAUUAAAGAUGUAAUCGAAGGUGUUCAAAAUGGCGAUAUUCUUUCUGAAGAUAUUGAUGAAAAUUUAAUUUCCAACUGUUUAUAUACUAAUUAUUCACCAAAUCCAGAUUUAUUAAUUCGUACUUCUGGAGAAGUUAGAUUUAGCGACUUUCUUAUGUGGCAAAUAUCAAAUACAUGCAUUUAUUUUACCACUGUUUUAUGGCCAGAAUUUAAUCUGUGGGAAUUUCUCAAUGCAAUAUUUUAUUACCAAAGAUGUUAUUCUGAUAUACAAAAAGUAAUAAAAAUACAAAAUAUGAAGCAAAUAAUACAAAAUAGUAGACAAUCAACAUACAUAGACAAAUUACAUCAUAAAAGACAAAUAACACUGGAAAGAAUAUAUUUGUCAAACAUUUAAUAUAUGUAUUUAAAAAACAAAUAUGAUUAAGAUUACUUAUGAUCAUUAAAGUUUAUAUAACAUUAUA